AACUCCAGGAUUUCCAGCGGUGUGAAUCAAUCCUGAUACAGCUUCACAAACGAUUCCUGAUGAGAAGUUCUUCAUCUACACGACACAGAAAAAUAUUAAAGUAUGGCUGCAGCAGGAGUGAUUGAAACAGCAGCUCUAGGGAGACCCUUCCAGCUGGGGAUGCUGUACGACUGCAGGAAAGAUGCUCUCAUACCAGGAAUCACGCUGUGGGAUCCAGAAAAGCUCCAUCAAAGCAUUCGAACCCGUCCCCAAAUUAACACCGAUUUCAAAGUCACGGCUUCAGACUCCAUUGAGGAGAAGUCCAGCUUACUGAACAUCGACGGAUCUCUGAAACUCAGUCUUUUAGGUGGACUGGUCAAUGUGACAGGAGCAGCAAAAUAUCUCAAUGACACCAAGAAGUCUUUCAGACAGCAGAGACUGACGCUGCAUUAUCACUCAACCAGCAGGUUUGAAGAACUGACCAUGAACCACUUGGCCUCUGAAAAUAUAGCUUAUCAUGAUGUGUUUGAAAAUGAUGCAGCGACACACGUGGUGACAGCAGUGCUGUAUGGAGCAGACGCCUGCUUCGUGUUUGACAGAGAAGUGUCAGCAGAUGAGAACAAAAUUACAGUAGAAGGAGAAGCAAAAGUGGCCCUUGAGAAACUCAAAUUCAUUUCAGUAGAUGUGAACGUCAGUCUGAAGAUGAAUGACGCCCAGAAGAAUGCAGUCCAGAAAUUCACAUGCACGUUUUAUGGUGAUUUCCAGUUACCGUCUAACCCGACCUCUUUUGAAGAUGCUCUGAAGGUUUUCACUGAUCUUCCAAAACUGCUGGGAGAAAAGAAAGAGCUGGCGGUUCCUCUGAGAGUCUGGCUUUAUCCUCUGGACAAACUUCACUCUAGAGCUUCAAAACUUCAGAAGGACAUCAGCAUGGAUCUAAUCACGGCGACUGAAUCAGUGAUUGACAGUUUAAACACUGCUGAGAUGAGAUGCAGUGAUCUUCUGAAAGACUCACCUGCUCUGACUUUUACUGAAUUUCAGAAUAAAAUUCUGCAAAUGAAGCAAAACUGCUAUAAGUACAAACUGAAGCUCAUGAAGAGACUCGGCUCUUUGCUGCCGAACAUCCGUGGAGACGUGAUGAAGGAAACAGCACUGAAUGAUCUUCUACAAGAACAUGAUGGAUCUCCAUUCAGAGGACGAGACCUGGCAGAAUGGCUGAAAGAGAGAGAAAGAGAGUCUGAGAUCAUUAAACCAGUCCUCAGACAGCUCAAAGAUGCUGGUGCACAGGUGAAAGUCAACAUAGAUGCCAUCUGGAUGGAUUUGGGGGUUGGAAAUCUGGUCAGUUACACAUUCACAUCAUUGGACUGGACAGAUGUGCUUCUUCCUAAACAAAUAUCCUAUCUGAGUCCUUCAACAAAUGGAGAAACUGAUGAGAACUGCCCUGAUUCAAAGCAAAAGUCUUGGCUCAGUCCUGAAGUCAUGAAGAGCAUGAAGAGCAAUUUAAGUUUGUUUAGGAAAUUGAUUGAUUCAAAUGACUGUAAAUCAGACAUGUUCAUUGUGUCCUCGAGAGAAAUUAAGAAUAAUCCAGGCUCCUGUAUUCUGCUGUAUGAAAGUGAAUGUGAUGAAGCUGUUUGCUUUAUUCCUCCAUCUAAACCAGUCUGUCCAGUCACUGAAGAGGUCACAGAAAACACUGUGGUUCUGAAGGUUCCUGAUACGCUGGAGAUCAGAUUACUGUAUAAACCGAAGCAGGACUCAGUCUGGACAUCUGAAACGGUGAUGAAGGAUCAAAACACAGUUAUUCUGACUGAUCUGAGAGCAGGAACUGAAUAUGAGAUGAAAUGUGCAGCGCUGGGGAAACUCAACUACACCACAGACAGUGACAUAAUCAUAGUCACUACAGAGGGAAGGAACAGAUCGGUUAUGGCAUACUGCGGCUUGAUGAAUCAAGGAGCCACCAGCUACUUGAACGCAGUUCUGCAAACCCUCUACAUGACGCAGGAGUACAGGGAAGGUGUUAUGAGGCUAGAGAGAACCAGAGAUGAUUCCUCUGUUGGCGACUUCAUUGAAGAGCUGAAGUCACUGUUUAAUAAAUUAGACAAAGAGUCUCGUCCAGUUUCAACAGCUGGGAUCUCAAGGAGCCUCGGCAUCACUGAUGUUUAUAAACACGAAGAUGCAGCAGAGUAUCUGGAUUUGAUUCUGAGCAAGACUCCUGAACCCUCUGAGAUUUUUAAGGGCACUAUGAAGAAAACUGGUAGAUGUGAUUCAUGCAACCAAAGGAUAUCAGAACAGAGUAAUUUCUUCACAAUGAGUAUCUAUCUUAGAGAGUCAAAUCGUGUGGGCUUUGCUUUGGAGGCACACAUUGAUCAACUGCGUGAAUCUACUGUAAGCUGCAGUCGCUGUUCAGAUAGAAAAACCAAGACAAACAGAAGUGAUGUUGACUUUCCACAAAUACUGAUUCUACGAUUGAGGAGCGUCCAAAAUUACGACAACCUGAGAAUUCCUGCCCAUACUGAGGUUUCCUCCCACAGCUAUGACCUGUAUGCCAUAAUAAACCUUUAUGGUACGUUGAAGGAUGGACACUAUAAUACUAACAUCAAAUCUGAUGAUGGAAACUGGUAUCGAUGUGAUGACAGCCAUGUAUUUCAGAUUCCUGAGACAAUGUUUUCAGUAAGGGACCCAUUCUAUUUUAUUCGGAAGAUGCUUUGGAAAUCAUCUGAUAUUCACUCAAAAAGUUCAUUACAGUCACCGGCAUAUCUACUCUUCUACAAACGCAGAAUUGCCAGUGAAUGAUCAGAGAGUGAAACAGCUUCUGAGACGCAGAUGAAAAUCUAAACAUACACAAUAAGCAGAACUGAACGUGCUUUAAAGGCCAGUGUAUGACUAUAAAGGUGGUUUUUUGUUGGGGG